CGAGAGCGCGAAGUUAUUCGCGCUUCGCGCUUCGCGCAGCGCGAAGCGCGAAGUUGGGAGCCCUUAUGUACUGUCUGUGCGCAGCCUGCCUGCCCCCCCCCCCCCAAAAAAAAGAAAAAGAUCGCCUCUGUGACCAUUCUGGCCCAAGUUCGAGAUAGAUCAGAAAAGAACCAGACGCGCUGCUGCACUGAACCACCCAGCUUGGAACAGCAGAAGAUGCGCGGAGUUGUCUUCACCCUCGGAUGCGCUACUGCGGUCGUCGUAGGCACCACGAAUUGUUCUGAUGGCACAGGCCAGACGUCUUUCGACAUGCACAUGCCCUACCACGGUGUUAACAUCACGGUACCUGCCAUCGACCAUACCGUGGCUGAGUACGAGUACGCUGGCGACAACGCACUGGUUGCCAUCCCGGCCGCGUGCUGCCAGAGGGAGGCGGCGUCCAACUUCGCGGACCGCGCGCCAGACGGUCCAGACGGCAUGUUCUCUUUCCGCAUCGGCGACCCGGACACGGAGUACGCAAAACUGGCGAGCAUGACGGAUGGUUCGAGCGGGCUGGUGGUGUUGCUGCACGGCGCGUCCGGGGGCGGCGUUGGAACCCGGUGUCCUGCGCCGCCACGCUUGCGGGGCUCGGAUGGGUGGUGGUGCUCCCCGACAGCCAGUCGCAGCUGGCUGAGAUGGGGCACAGGGGCGCCAUCAGUUUGAAGAACACGUCAGAGAUCGACACCUCCAACUACUGCGGCGCCAUGGAUGCUUACAGCGAGCGUGCGAGCCCUCGGUCGAAGCCGUUCACGUACCCCACGAGUGCGGAGAACGGCCUCAACAACGGCGCUAAGUAUGCGGAGUACAUGGAGCGCCCCGACUGUACCGUAUCCGAGCGCUGGAGAUGGACGCCUUCGUGCCCAAACGCGAGAGCCUGCUGUCUGCAUUCUCCACAGCCUCUACGGUGUUCCUGCGGGGCCGCAGCGAGGGCGGCGCGGUGGCCCUUGCGCUACUACAGCGAGGCCUUGCACAGCAAGCUCGGCAUCAUCCUCUCGGGGUGGAGCUGCGACUUUGACUACUUUGUAAGCUGCGCAGAGAAUGUGCUCAUCUGUGCGAGGCCCAGUGCUCGAAGGACAUCCCAGUGCCGAAUGUGGUGGGGGAGGCCAGCUCCUACUUCGCUUCCAGCAGUUCCGUGUCCGCGGACGUGGCGCAUCAUCUCCGGCACCGCCUGAUCCCAGGGCUUCGCCCUCUCCCGGCCGCCGUGAAGCCCCGCCUUCUUUCGCCCUUUCUCUGCUAAUCAAAGCUGUGCGCGGCCCGCUUAGCUUUCAGCGGAAGAGGUUCGCUCUCGCCCCGCGGAUCAAAAAAGUGUCCGCGGACGUGGCGGCGGGCGCGACCUGGUACGGCGGCCCCAUCACUGGCACUUGGCCCGUCCCACUGCCGCGUCCCUGCCGUCCUUGCAGAGGCCCGGGUGCCAGGAGCAGAACAGAGUCUACAACUGCGAUGCCCUCGGCGAGUCGUCCCCGUGCGUCGCCUGGGAAGUGAGCACGUCCGCGGCCCUCGUCGGGGCAAUCUCGGGUAGCUGCGACCUGGGCGACGAGCACGACGCCUCUGCGGCUGCCCGCACGGCCGGCGCUCUUGCUGCCGCACUUGGGCCGCUGGCUGCGCUGUGGUGGACAGCAUAAGCAACAACCGCAUACCGCACAUCAAAAUCAACAGCGCUCGGUUCGAUCACAGCUCCCGUCGCUCCUUGGCGGGCAACUUCCUCUGGACUGUUAAUUAUGUGGAUCCCGUUAUAAACUUGCGACCAUUGCUGGGCGCUUUUGUAGGCCAUCGGCCAUCGUUUCAACGCAUCCCGUUCCUGACGUAUGGCCAUUUUGCGGCGCGGCUUUGCAGAUAUCUUUGUGCGUCCCGCGUCACCGCGCGCGUGCGGGCUGAUUGCCGCAGCAGUCAGCACUCCUGGUCGUCGUCCCCACGGCAGUCUCGCAGCGUUCCCUGCUCUCCCCCUCAUCUGACCUUCUCCUUCUCGUUCUUCUCCUUCUCGUUCUUCCGCACGAAGGGCUGCGCCCACUUGGAGCGCCAAAGUGCCAAGCAGCAGUACGUUGCUUGGACAGGCCCAGCGGUAGCAGUCCAUGGAGUCGGCGGCUCCUCCGCGCGGCACCUCUUCACUUGCUCUCGGCAUGGGCGCUCCUGGAGUGACAUUGCUCGCCACCCGCAGCCCCGUGCUUGUGAUCACUUGCUCCUGGCGCGAGUGCUCACCGAGUGGCAAUCCCUGGCCACCAACAAAGGCAGAGAGGAGAAACCAUGAAUAUUCGAGAUAUGUUCGUAAAACAU